AAGUCACAUUUUUUCAACAGUAAUAAAAGAAUUUUACAAAAAAGAAAGAUAGAAAAAACUGCGAAAUUCGAAAUGAGAAUUUUCUUCUCAAACAAAUUCUUUACCAAAGCCCGCAGCUUCAUAGGCAUAGGACUCGCUUCCGCCGCCACAUUUGCCGCCACAUCUUCCUCCUCCGCCGCCACUUCCACCUCUUCUUCCGACGACACUGAUUCUUCAUACUAUUCUUCUUCUUCCGACCAAACAAACGGCCGCAAGGUGCUCAAAACGAAGCUAUGCAUAAUCGGAAGCGGUCCAGCGGCUCACACAGCCGCCAUUUACGCUUCUCGAGCCGAGCUCAAGCCGAUCCUAUUCGAAGGUUGGAUGGCCAACGACAUUGCUCCAGGCGGUCAGCUCACCACUACAACCGACGUCGAGAAUUUCCCGGGAUUUCCGGAUGGCAUCCUCGGUGCAGAUCUCAUGGACAACUGCCGUAAACAAUCGCAGCGUUUCGGCGCCGAAAUCAUCACCGAAACAGUUACAGAGGUUGAUUUCUCAAAACGGCCGUUAAAAGUUAUAACUGAUUCUACCACCGUUGAGGCAGAAUCCGUCGUGAUCGCCACUGGAGCCGUAGCGAAAAAGUUAGUUUUCGACGGCUCUAGUGACCGUCCUGGCGGAUUCUGGAACCACGGAAUAUCGGCAUGUGCGGUAUGUGACGGUGCAGCACCGAUAUUCCGAAACAAACCCUUAGUGGUUGUCGGCGGCGGUGACACGGCAAUGGAGGAAGCUACAUUCCUUAGCAAAUUUGGUUCAAAAGUGUAUAUAAUUCAUAGGAGGGAUGAAUUUAGGGCUAGUAAAUCGAUGCAAAGUAAGGUAAUGAAGAAUCCAAAGGUUGAGGUGUUGUGGAAUUCAGUUGUGGUUGGAGCAUUUGGUGAUGAAAAGGGAAGGGUUCUAGGGGGAGUUAAGGUGAAGAAUUUGGUGAAUGGUGAAGUGUUUGACUUGAAAGUUUCUGGUUUGUUUUUUGCAAUUGGACAUGAACCUGCUACUAAGUUUUUGGAUGGACAAGUUGAAUUGGAUUAUGAUGGUUACAUUGUGACAAAGGCAGGUACUACAAAGACUAGUGUUGAAGGAGUUUUUGCUGCUGGUGAUGUUCAGGAUAAGAAGUAUAGACAAGCUAUUACUGCUGCUGGAACUGGGUGUAUGGCAGCCUUGGAUGCAGAACAUUACUUGCAACGGAUUGGUCUAAAGGAGGAGAGUAAGAAUGAUCGACUCACCAGGUUAUUGUACUCGGAGUUCAGAAGAUAAGAAGCAAUAUUUGAUUUAAUUUAUUUAGAUUAGAUAGUAAAAAGCAGUUUCUGCAUCCUAGCCAACAUCUUAAUGUGUACAUUGUUAUUGUUAUUCAUUAGUAUUUGAUGACAGAGUUAUAUAGACUUGCAUUA